UCGGAGGGGCAGCAGAGCGGCGGCGAUGGAGGGCCCCUUUUACGACUACGACGAGGAGCCCCCGGGCAACUGGAGCGAGGUCUGGGGGCCGGGGGGCUGCCCCUGGGAAGAAGCCGAGACGGACUGGGAGCUCUCCUUCUCGUUGUUGCCCGUGCUCUAUAUGCUGGUCUUCGUGCUGGGCCUGUCGGGCAACGGGCUGGUCAUUUUCACCGUCUGGCGAGGCCCGCCGGGCAAACGCCGCUCGGCCGACGCUUACAUCGGCAACCUGGCGCUCGCCGACCUGGCUUUCGUGGUGACCCUGCCGCUGUGGGCGGCUUACACGGCGCUGCGCUUCCACUGGCCCUUCGGCUCGGCGCUGUGCAAGCUGAGCAGCUACCUGGUGCUGCUCAACAUGUUCGCCUCGGCUUUCUGCCUGGGCUGCCUGGGCUUCGAGCGCUACCUGGCCAUCGUGCACGCCCUGCCGCGCUCGGCCGGCCGGCCUCCCUCCUCCUCCUCCUCCUCUUCCUCCUCCUGCGGGUCCCCGCGGCCGCGCACCUGGACGCUGCUCUCGCUGGCCGCCGUCUGGCUCCUGGCCGGCUUGCUGGCGCUGCCGGCCCUGCUGCUGCGCCAGACGCGGCUGAGCCCUCGCGGCGGCAACGGCUCGGCCGUGGAGUGCGACAUGGAUUUCAGCGGCUUGGCCGGCAGCGCCGAGGAGGCAGCCCGCUGGCUGGCGGCGCUGAGCCUGGCCACCACGGCGCUGGGCUUCGUGGUGCCGCUGCUGCUGCUGACGCUUUGCUACUGCUGCAUCGGCGCCGCCGUCAGCCGCCACUUCCAACGGCGCGCCCGCAAGGAGGAAAGCCGGCAGCGCCGGCGGCUGUUGCGCAUCAUCGUCACGCUGGUGGCCGUCUUCGCCCUGUGCUGGCUGCCCUUCCACCUGCUGAAGAGCCUCUACGUGCUGGCUUGGGUGGGCUUGCUGAGCUUGCCCUGCGCCUGGCUGGACCUGAUCCUGCGCCUGCACCCCUACGCCACCUGCCUGGCUUACGUCAACAGCUGCCUGAAUCCCUUCCUCUACGCCUUCUUCGACGGCCGCUUCCGCGCCCAGUGCCUCCUCCUGCUCGGACUGCGCUCGCCGCGCCGCGGGCCCGCCAGCUCCGUCUCGUCCACGCUCAGCGGCCAGACCCAGAAGUCGGAGCUGCCCUCCUCGGGCACCAAGGUGUAGAAGAGGGUGGCGCGUCUCCCGGCUACGGGACUCGGCCGGGAUCGCCAAGCCGGCGCCCGCCUGGAACCCCUCUCGCCUUUCCCUUCUUCCCUGGCUUCGGUUUUCUCUCGCGACCCGGGAACUCGCCGUUUUGGGGCAGGCCCUUUGCGGUGGGCAACGCUCCCCUUUGUACCCAAUAAAAGUGUCUCUUUCUUCAGGAAAAACACAAACAAAAAAACGAGAGUCGGUUCUUUUCUAGCGGUUUUGAAAAAGCAGGAAGGGGGGAAACUUCGGCCAGGUGGGGAGAAGCA